UUGUACGAGAGUGUGUAUUUGUGUGUGUGCGUUUUGGCCGUUGUUGUUUACAACCUGAAAUUUUCCAUAAAAAUUUCCGCAAAGUUGAAAAUUUUCCAAAAUUUACAUUUUUUCCUGGACCGUAAAAAGGUGUAAUUUUGACAGUUUGGAGAGGGAGUUUUCAGUGGAAACGUAACGCGGAUAGAUGGGGGUCAUCCCCAACCAAAGCUGCAUCGCAUUCGCAUAACGUUCAGCAAGUCGAAAGAUUAGUUGUGCCGCCCACGAAAAACGGCCUACGAAGAAAAAAGAGUAAAAUAAAGUUUAAGGUGACGAAACGACACAAACGUGGAAUAGAGUGCGCGGAACAUCCGUCAAAUCGGGUUUGACGGAAGCAAAGGAAACAAAACAAAACCGCGAACGUGGAUAGCAGAGCCAUCAAAGAGAAAUUUGUUAUCCAGCCAUCGAUCGCCACGAACGACCAAAAAUAAUUGCCAAACUCAGCUUAAUCAAAUUUCCCGCCUAAAAACGCGUAAAACCUAACCACGAACCCGACGAAAUCGCAAACGAAACAGAAGAAAUUAAAAAAUUACAGCUGCCGCCCCGCCACCUAGCGUUGACUAGUUUAAAGUGCUACAGCAUUGUUUUGAAAGCUUAGUUGCGGAGAAAUGACUAAAAGUGGCACCUUUUGUGUGUGAAUUUGUGUCUGUGUGUGUGCAACAAAGGAAAGUUUUCAGCUAAAAGUGAAAUUUAAAUCGUCUAGGUCUAGCUGGUGCACGUUUGUAAUUAAUUAACAAUACCCGUGACUUGUGGAGGCACUCGCUGUAGACGCGCAGAACACAAUGCCAAGCGUGGUGACGCCAUCUUGAGCCCUCGAAACACAAUGCUCGAUCCGGAACUGUACGGUGGCAGCGGAGUGGACCAUCACCACUUCAAGAACCACCACCACCGGCACUACCACGGCGGGAUCGCCGUCGGCGGAGGUCACCACCACCACCGGCACACCCCGAGUGCCUCCUCGUCCGGAGAUCGCAAGUCCUCGUCGCGAUCCUCGCCCCGGUCACACUUUCACCAGCACGGCGAAGGCGAGAAGCUCCGUUACCAGAAUGCGUUCAGCUCGGGGGGUUCGGGAGCGUCCGGCGAGGGUUACUUCCGGUACUACCCGCACCAGCACAGCAGCUACUACGACCUCAGUGAAAAGCUGGACAGUCUGAACCUCAAGUCGGAAGGAGAGGGUGGUGAGCGGCGAAGAAACGACAGCAACAACAACCACAAUCACGGGCACAGUCACGGGCAUAACCACAGCCGGAGUGCGGAGAGGAGUAGCGUUAGUGUGAGCGUUAGCAACGGGAGUAGUGAGCACGGUGGGGGAGGAGGGAGUAGUAGAACUAGUGACGGAAGUGGUAGCAAGAAGAAGACGACGGUGGUGUACGUGGGGGAUGGGAGGAGCCGGGUGAGGAGGGUGGUGAGAACGCAGACCCGGCAUAUUACGGUGGUGAGCUACUCGGGCCGGAAGCGGGAGUCGGAGACGCACACGCAGCAUCAUGCGACGGUGUUGAGUUUUCCACAAAAGAUCGAUCGUCCAUCCCAGAUUUACUCGACACACCAUCAUCAUCCCGGUAGUGGUAGUGGUAUCCUGUCGGCCAGUGGUGCCAGCACCAGCAGCAAUGCCAGCAGUAGCCUCUGCGGAGGUUCGGCGGCGGCGGCCGUUGUUGCCAACAACGGUACCGGAGGGUACGUGUACCUGCCCCAGACGACGACCCAGCAGCACUAUGUGCAGCCCCAGCAGCUGGCGUACCAUCAUCACCACCAGCCCAACAGUUACCACCACAGCCAGCUCGGUGGCGGCCACCAGACGGCCAUGGCCACCCCGACGCUGCACAAAAAGGGCUCGAUCCGGAGUAAUGGCGAAGUGCUCAAGCGGACCCGCGGUCAGAAUGCGUAUGAGCUGUCGCAGGAUCUGUUGGACAAGCAGAUCGAACUGUUGGAGCGCAAAUACGGCGGUGUCAAGGCACGCCACGCCGCCCUCACAAUCCAGCGCGCGUUCCGGCACUACACGAUGGUGAAGAAGUUCGCGUCGAUCACGGCGAUGGCCAAGGCGGAGAAGCGCAUGAGCCGGCGGGUUCAGCACCAGCAGCACCAGGCCGAGCUGGAGAUGAUGCAGCAGCAGCAAGGCCAUCUAGCGGAGGAAGGACAACUGUACGAGGACGGUAGCCUGGUUGGAGGAGCGGGAGGCGUUGGCGGCGGUCAGCGUGUUUGUGCCACAAUCUCCGCCACCCCGCCGGGAACGCUGCACCACCGGGUCACCCCGGUCCGGUCAAUGUCCCUGCGCGAGCGUCGUCUGGACUCGAGCCCGAUUCCGCGCAGCCAGUCCGGAAAUGCCAGCCCUGCCCCACCCGCCACCGCCUCCGCCAACAGUUCCUGGACGCAGGGCCAGAUGUGCACGACGGUUCCCUCGUCCGGGGGCGGCCAACAGCAGCAGCCGUACUCACAUCCCCAUGUAAAUAUUCUGCACCAGCAGCAGCAGGCACAAGCUUACUACGCCGCCGCGGGUGGCCAGGGCCAGAUUCUGCCGUCAACGUACCAAAGCAGCCAAUACGGAUCGCAGGAUCUGAACGUGAGCGGUGGCAGUUCCGUCCUCGAUUCGACCAUUUCGUCGAUGAAUCUGUCGUGGAAUUCGACCGGCGGACAACCGAUCGUGGCCACCGCCGGCGGUUUGCCACACGGGCACUGUCCGUACACGCCGCACUACACGGCGGCGCAGAUUUACAUGCGUCCGCGUGGCAUCGGAAUUGGCAGCUCCGGCGGAAGUUCCGGAUCGGCGGCGAGCAGUUGUAGCGCGAGCCGCAAAGUGCCACCGGAAGUACCAAAGAGGACGUCCAGCAUAACGUCCGCCCAGCACACGCCGAACCGCUCGUUGAGGCCAAACGGGUUGUGUAAAACGGCGGAGAAUGGUUCGCUCAGUUCGGUUCAAUCUUCCGGCAGCGAUUCGUCGGCUUCGGCGGAGCGAAUGCAGGGCGUGGAGAUCGGUUCCGAUCGGUCCAGUUCGCCCCAGUGGAAGCGAAAGGGACCGGGCAGCAGCAGUGGAAGCGCCAGCGGAAUUCAAAUCAACGCCCAAAGUCCGGACCAUCUGAUUGGGGCCACGGUCACGGCGGGUGUCGUCGGAUCCGCAGGAAGUGCCAACGUCACCAUCAGCAGCAUCGAGAACGAAUGUCUCAGCUCGCACACGAGCGCCGCCCAGUACUCGAUGGAGCAGCACGACCAAAUUGUCCACACGCCCACCAGCUACAAGGUCUCGGAGACGAUCCGGAAGCGACAGUACCGCGUGGGCCUAAAUCUCUUCAACAAAAAGCCCGAACGCGGCAUCACCUACCUUAUCCGGAAGGGCUUCCUCGAAAACACCCCCCAGGGCGUGGCCCGGUUCCUCAUCUCGCGCAAGGGUCUCUCCCGGCAGAUGAUCGGCGAGUACCUCGGCAACCUGCAGAACCCCUUCAACAUGGCCGUCCUCGACUGCUUCGCCGGCGAGCUGGAUCUCUCCGGCAUGCAGGUGGACGUGGCCCUGCGCAAGUUCCAAGGCUACUUCCGGAUGCCGGGCGAAGCCCAAAAAAUCGAACGCCUCAUGGAGGUCUUCUCGACGCGCUACUGCCAGUGCAACAGCGACAUCGUGGCCCGGCUCCGCUCCCACGACACCGUCUUCGUGCUCGCCUUUGCCAUCAUCAUGCUCAACACGGACCUGCACACGCCGAACCUGAAACCCGAACGCCGGAUGCGGGCCGACGACUUCAUCAAGAACCUUCGAGGCAUCGACGACUGCGGCGACAUCGAUCGGGACAUGCUGACCGGAAUCUACGAGCGUGUCAAGGCGAACGAGUUCAAGCCCGGCUCCGAUCACGUCACCCAGGUCAUGAAGGUCCAGGCGACGAUCGUGGGCAAGAAACCGAACCUGGCGCUGCCCCACCGUCGACUGGUGUGCUACUGUCGGUUGUACGAAAUUCCGGACAUUAACAAGAAGGAGCGGCCGGGCGUGCACCAGCGCGAGGUGUUCCUGUUCAACGAUCUGCUCGUGAUAACCAAGAUCUUCAGCAAGAAGAAGAGCUCCGUCACGUACACGUUCCGGAAUAGCUAUCCGCUGUGCGGAAUGGUCGUCACGCUGCUCGAUGUUCCAAACUACCCGUACUGCAUCCGGCUCUCGCAGAAAGUCGACGGCAAGGUGCUGGUCACGUUCAACGCGCGCAACGAGCACGACCGCUGCAAGUUCGCCGAGGACCUGCGCGAAUCCAUCAGCGAGAUGGACGAGAUGGAAACGCUGCGCAUCGAGGCCGAACUCGAGCGGCAAAAGUCGGCGCGCGGGGGCCAACGCAGCACCAACAGCGAAAACCGCGACAGCGGCGUCGCGGACGUCGAGGUCGGCCAGUUCCAUCCCAGUGCCGGCGGUGGGGGACUCCAAGGUAGCGGUUCGGUCGGCGUCGGAGGCGUCGGCGGCGGCGGAGUUUCGCCCAGCGACUGCGGAAUUGCACACACACAUAGCGAAGCACAGUUGAAGCGAAGCGCGCUUAGCAAUUCACUCUUAGAUAUGCACGAACAAUUCGGCAAUGAGAAGCCCCAACGGCGCGGUAGUGUUGGCUCGCUCGACAGUGGAAUGUCGAUCUCAUUUCAAUCCACCUCGGCGAGCACCGGCUCCCGUAGCGACAUCAAGGUGAACCGGAUGCUCUCGCACAGCAACACUUCCGGCCAGAUCAUCAUGCAUGCCGGCCAGCAUCCCACCGCCCUGAUGGGCGCCAUCUAUCACCAGCAAAUCCUGCAACAGCACCCGCAACAUCCGCAGCCACCGCCGACGCAGCCAGUCGUGAUGACGACGCAACCGCCACCACCACAGAACGUGGUGGUGACGCAGCCACCGCAGCAGCUCGCAACCGGAGCGAUACGGCGCGAGCGGAAACUGUCGCGACCGGAGGAGGGCGCCACCAUGGCGGCGGCGGCGGCUGCGUCCGCUCCCGGCAGUGGCGCCAACUAUGGGCGCUCCACCGAAGUUUAAGGUGUAAAUAUAUAGCAGAGACACACAAACCAAAAUUGUUUAGUCCUGUUUCAGUAGGUGUUUUCGCUCCCACCCCGAAAUAUCCAGCGUUUCUGUCGAGGUUAAGUCGCGCAAAAAAAUAUACACACAAACGCGCAGUUCAAAGUUUGACAAAUUUAUUCAUUGAAAUUAAAAAAAAAAAUUGUGCACCCCUGAUUGUUGCAAGCGAUUGUUUGAUUUAAAUUUAAAAAAAAUCACAAAUUCGUAAAUGAAAAAAAUAUAUCUAAAUUUGAGCAAGCUAGAACCAAAAAACCAGAUUUUGAAAUGAAUUCAAAAAUUCUAGAAUGGAAAUUUCAAAAAAAGAUCAUCAUCUCAAAAAUUUUAGAAUUAAGAAAUUUCAAAAACAAUUCAAGCUAAAAAAAAUAAUGAAAAAUAAACUCAAAACAUAAAAAAAUAUAAAUUUUUCGUUGCAAAAAUUCAAAGACCAAAAUUGAUGGAUUAAAAUGCAAAAACCAAAUUUUCAUAUAUGUAUUGAGAAAUUACAAAACCUCAAAAAAAACUAAAAAACUAGAAAUUCGUUGUUUGAAAAAAUUUAUUAAAAAAAGAAUCACAAGAAAAUAAUAAAAAAAAAUCUAUGCUUAAAAAAUGAAUUUCAUGAAUUUUUAAAAUCAUAAAAGCUUACAAAAAAUUAAAAACAAAUAAGAUUACAGAAAUUUAAAUUGAAAAAAAAUAAAUUUCAAAAUUUUAAACCCUGAAUAAAGAAAUUCUUUCCAACAACUUCAAAAUUAAAGUGUUUGAAAAAGGAAUUUAAAAAACUCGGAUUUUUUUCUUCUUUGAAACAAUUUUCAAAACUCAAAAAUGAAGGUAUAAAAUUUUUAAACAAACAUAAAUGGAAAUUUGACUCUUAAUAAUUUAUAUUAAAAUACGAAAUUUUGGAAAAUUAGAAAAAAUCCAACAUCAAUAGUCAAAACUAAAGAUUCUAAAAAAAUUAAAUCAGUCCAAAAAGAAUAUUUUAAAACUAAAAAUUAAAAAAAUUAGGAAAUUAAAAUUAAAAAAAAAACUCAAAAAUUCCAAAAUUAUUGAUUAAAACCAGAAAAUGAAUACCAAAAUUUAAACUAAUAUAUUUUAAACAAAAGAUGCGACAAAAAUUUGGAAAAUUUUGAAAUUUUACAAAAAUAAAGUCAAAAAUUAAAAAAAAAUUGAAACUUUAAAAACUAAAAACAAUUAUAAGAAAUUAAAUAAAACAAAUUUUAAAAUUAAAAAAAUACAAAGCAAGAUAUUUUUUUAUUAAUUUUUAUUUUUUUCACAAUUUGACCUAAAUACAAAAUCUGAUUUUUUGGCAUAUGUUUUUCCAAAUUUUUAUUCCCUAAACUUUAAGAUAACUUUUAAGAUUCUAGAAUUACAUAGACUUAAAAAAUUUAAAAAAUAUAAAAAGACUUAAAAAAUAUAAAAUUCAAUCAUUAAAAAACUAAGAGGUGGUCUUUAUUUCAAUUUGUACCCGUUCUGUUAAAAAAUGUGAAAUUGAAAUUUGAAAAAUUAGAAAAUUCCAAAAGAGUCAAAAAAUUAAAAAAAAUUUAAAACUUAUAAAUUCAUAUUUUUUUGAAAUUCAUAUAUAAAAUGAAACUAAAUUUUUAAAAUCAAAAAUUCAUCUAUUAUUAGUAUAAAUCCAAAAAAUAAAUACAAAAUUUGAAACAAAAAUAUUUAAAAAAAAAAUUGAAAUUUAAAAAAUUCUGAGUUUUUAAGUUGAAGUAUUAAAAGUAAAAAUAAUUAAAACUAUAAACACAAGAUCUAGAGUUUUUUUUAAUAGGUCCUAUAAACAUAUGAAACACAAAGGCUUAUAGGACCUUUUCAAAUUAAAAAAAUAUUUUUUUUAUAAAAAGCUAAAUACAUUUUAAUUCAUUUUUAACAUUCGUUGUUUGUGUCGAAAAAUAUGAUAUUUUUAAAUUGGAAAAAAAUCGAAAAUUUUAGAAAUAAUAGUCAAAAAUUUAAGAGAUUUUAAAACUUAUGGAGUCAGAUAUAAUGUAACAAAAAAUUUAAAUUAAAAAAAUAUAAUAAAAAAAACUCAAAAAUUUAAAACACAGAUAUUAAAAAAAAUCCAAAAUUUAAAAAAUUAUAAAAGAAAAUCUGAAAUCUAAAAAUAAUUAAACCUAUAGAUUUGAAAUAUUGAAAAAAGAAAAAAAUGGAUCAAUUUCCAAAAUUUAUGAAUUGUUAUCUCCUUAUUUUUUUUUAUUCUGGAAGAAAUAUCGAUAAAUAAUUAAUUUAAAAAAAAAAACAAAAAAAUCAAUCAGUUGUUUUUAGGUUUUGAAAUUUGAAAAUUCAAAUAUUUAAAAAUAAAAAAAAUCAUAGUUUGAAAAUGAAAUAUUUAUUACAGUUUUUUUGAAAUUUUUUGAACUUAAGUAUGUGUAAUUUUGGAUUAUUUUUGAUACUAGUUUUUUUGUGUGAAAUUAAAUUUUCAAGAAUUAUGUAUUCUAGACUUUUUUUAUUUUGAAAAUAGGAAAAUAAUACUUUUUGGAGUGUUUGCUAUAUUUUACUUCAAAAAUUUUAGAGAACCCGACUACUACAAAAAAUGCUAGUGGAAAACGAUCGCAAUCUAACGAUCGCUUGCAAUAAUCAGGGUGGCAAUCACAUUCACACGCAACAGCUAAGACACAAACCCGAAAAGGAAGCAAUAGCAAAGCGGGCGCGGACGUCGACGACGAUCAGAAUUGUGUGCGUGCGCACAUGUGUAAAUAUAGAUUUGGCGUAAAUUCGCAUCAAUUCAGAUUAAAAAGCCCUCCUCCCGGAAGAAAAACCAAAAACAGGCAUUCACACACACACACAAGUUAUCACACACGAAAACAAUGACAAACUAAUCUAUAUUUGUGGGUAAAACAAUAAGUACAUAAAAAAUAUAUACAUUAAAAAUAUAUUAAUUUAACUUGGACACACUUGAAGCAGAAAAAAAUAUUACAACCACAACAAACAAAAAUGGGUAAAAUGCCAAUCGAGACACGUUCACACACACAAUUGAUGGUGGAUUUAUUUUUGUAUUAUAUUAACCUUCUAAGAAAAAGAAAAACAAGCAAGAUUUACCACUACAAACUGCGUAUCGUAAAUCGUAAGUAAUUCAAGCAGCAGCAUCAUACAAAUUCGAGGUAAACUUUUGUGGUUAUUACGUUCUAUGUACUAUUUGGGAAGUUGUUUUUUAUUUGUGUAAAGCAUGAGCAAACGUAUAAUAAAACAAUAAUUGGUAAACUCUUUCAACUAAAACAAAGCAAAAAAAAUGGAUUUGCGUGGAUUUGACACGGAAUGCAGCAAGAAAAAGAAAAAAAGAUAUGGCGGAUAAGGCAUUAAUGCGAAUAAGUGUAGGCUAGGGUCAAUGCGCGAGUGUGUGCUGGUUUAAGGCAAAAGAGAGAGAAAGAGAAGGAAAAAAGGAAAGGUGAAAGCAGAAAAAAUAAUCUAGUCCUGUUUGAUAAACGUAGUAAUUCGACUAUUAAUCGAGAAAAGCGAGCAAGUGAAAAGAAGAAAACAAAAAUCGUGAAAGAAUUAAUAUAUUCGUAAAUGGUAAGCAGAAUUUAAACAAAUCAAUAGAAACAAAAAAAAAAUCAUUCAAAUCGAGUUUACAAAAUUCCAUACACAGAAAACAAAAAAAAAUAGAUUCAGAGUUAAAGAGUAAAAUAAAGAAAUAAAAAAAAGUUACAAGUAAAAAAAACCAAAACUAAAUCAGUCGAAAGAUGUGUACUCCAUUAAAUACCAUUGAUGAUACACCGAUCAGCGUCGUCCCUCAACCUCCCGUUGUUCCCCCGUGCCCUCCCAUUUUACGAAGAAAUCAACUCUCAGUAUGUGGUUUAGCAAAGUAAAAAGAAAACACAAAAACACACAAAUGUCAUGUCCUGCGAAAGGCACUUGUCACUGCUGGAGCAAGGAGAAGAGGAAGAAGGAGAAGAAACAUUGAAAACUAUUCCCAUAAACCAGAACAAUAAAUAUUUGAAAAAUGCGAAA